CUCCGCUGUCUGAUGACGCUCUUCCUUCCUUUCCCACCCAGAGAAAGCUGAGAUCCAACUCUGUGGUUAGUGUGACGAACCGUGAAUCCACCUCUGCGAGUUUAACAGGGCUUCUUUAGUUUUCUUACCGACGAGAUUUCACACCUGACCCGGAGCUCUGGGACGGUUCGCUAAGUUAUGCGUAAAAAAGCGCACCACUCGUCGUGACGCAGCGUCACCGUUUUGGAUGUAUACAACUCUUCCUCGAAAUCCAUUUAGCGGCGAUAUUUUUUGGAUAUCGAUAUGAUGAGGAAUAUACAAGUCAUGAGGAUUUUUUGGGUGUUUGUUUUGCUCUUCCUUGACUUAUCAGACGCUGUGAUCGACCUGACCAUGAUCUCCACAGCGGAGGUGACAAACGUCAAUCACUUCUCCAUCUCGUGCAUCAACGGGGAGCGCAGCCCUGCCCAGGUGGAGCUGGACAUCAAGAGAGACAACAGGAUCCUCGUAUUCCCCAAAGAACCAAACUUUAAAGUGAAUAAACCCAGGAACAGGGAGGCCGUGGCCAAAGGCUUCCGUGACCUGGAUCAUAUCGGUAUCUUCUACUGUGAAUCCACUCAGGAAGUCCCCCCGCUGGAGACGGUCACAAUGAUCAACAACAUCGGCGGAUCAAGUUUUAUCCCAACUCACCUUACAAUGACUGCUAACAAAGGGGAGACCAUUCACCUCAGCAUGACGCUGCUCAGCUCUCAAAACAGAGACGUGACAUGGAAGUACAACGGAAACUACUAUUACAUGACUCACUGGAACGAUAUGAUAAACCGCACAGCUGUACUGACGGUGGAGAACGCAGCUUUUGCCAAUCAGGGCAUCUACAGCGCCAGCUAUGUGGGCGCCAGUCCUCUUCAUGGCGCCUGGAUGAGGCUCAUAGUAAGAGACUGUCCUAAUAAGAGGUGGGGUCCUGCAUGUGACAGAGACUGUCCAGAGUGUCUGAAUGGCGGAAUGUGUCAUGACGUUGAUGGAGACUGUAUCUGCCCUCCAGGGUUCAUGGGAACACGCUGUGAGACAGCCUGCAGGGAAGGAAUGUUUGGCCGAAACUGCCAGGAGUCAUGUGGCUCCGAGAUGAAUUGUAAGGGGCUUCGCUUCUGUUUACCAGACCCUUAUGGCUGCUCCUGCGCCAGCGGCUGGUUUGGGAACCGCUGUGAGAAAGCCUGCCAUGGUGACAUGUAUGGACCGGACUGCACUCUGACCUGUAAAUGCCAGAAUGGAGGAGUCUGCAACCGUUUCAGUGGAUGUCAGUGUCCCACAGGGUGGAGAGGACAGAACUGUGAGAAGUCUGACCGGGCUCCACAGAUCCUGGAUUUGGAUAGUAAUUUGGAGUGGAAUCUGAACUCCAGCCCCAAGAUCUCCUGCUCCGCCACAGGCAACCCCCUGCCCAGCCACACCAGCAUCGAGCUGAGAAAGUUGGACAGUACAGUGCUCAAGGCUUCUCGCACGGUCAUGGACUCAAAUAAGAGCACAGCCCUGUUUGACAUCCCCCCUCUGACUGCUCAACAAGGAGGAUUGUGGGAGUGCAGGGUGUCCACCAAUGGAGGCCACGACUCCCGCAAGUUCAACCUCACCAUCAAAGAACCCCCUGUGCCCACCACGGCUCCCAAACUGCUGGAAACAAGGAGUAAACAGCUGCUGGUGAUGCCGGUGGACUCCCACAGAGGAGACGGCCCCAUCGUCUCCACCCGGCUCCUCUACAAACCCGUGGGGAACGGAGACUCCUGGUCCUCCAUCAUCGUUUACAGUGACAAAGAGCCCAUCACGCUCAUGAACCUGGAGCCUUCGACCCGUUACCGUGUCCGUGUGCAGCUGAGUCGCCCUGGGAUAGGAGGGGAGGGGGCCCCGGGGCCAGAGGCCAUCAUGGAGACUGACUGUCCUGAGCCCACAGCUCAGCCUGAGAUUGACGUCAGCUCUGUGGAAGGCCGAAACGCCACCGUACGUUGGCGCCUGCCCCCCAACAACGGCGUUAACGCCGCCACAGCCAGCGGCUUUUUAGUGCAGCUCAUCGGGCCGCCCCCCUACAGAGAGAAACUCCUGGAGGAGACCACCCUGCUCACUGUGCUCUCCACAAAGUUCCACAACAUGGAGUACCAGAAAGACUACACCGUGGUGGUGCGCCUCAUCAACUGUGGCAGCCUGGGGCCGCCCUCCAAACCAUACACCUUCCGUCUCAGCAGCCAGGGUCCAUCGUCUCCACGCAAUGUGCAGGCCCUGCCUCUGUCCAUCUCGGCCAUCCAGGUGAGGUGGCAGGCCCCUGAGGACCCCAACGGAGGCAUCAUUAAGUACACCAUAGAGUACCAGCCGGUGGGCCAGGGGAGCCCUCACCCUUGGGUGGACACGGACGACGGAAACAAGACGUCUAAAGAUGUGACGGCGCUCAACGGCAGCACGCUCUACCAGUUCAGAGUGAGAGCUUCCUCCAAAGUGCCCGGAGAGUGGAGCAAGGCGGUGCGGGCCAUGACACAAGAAGACGGCUUUCAGAGUCUAAUCCCGACCACCCAGGGUGUGGCCGGCAAGCCUCAUGGGGACAGCUACCAGCUGUUGGUGGCUGUGGUCGGCUCGGUAACAGUCACCUGUGUGACCAUCCUGCUCGCUCUGUUGGCCCUUUUCUUCAUCCGCAAGACGCUGCUGAACCGUCGACGCACGUUUACCUACCAGUCUGGAUCAGGUGAAGAGACUAUUCUGCAGUUUAACUCGGGAACUCUGACCCUGACACGGAGGCCCAAACCAACACCAGAGCCCCUCACCUAUCCCAUCCUGGAGUGGGAAGACAUCAAGUUUGAAGAUGUCAUCGGAGAGGGCAACUUUGGCCAGGUAAUCAAAGCCAUGAUCAAGAAGGACGGCAGUAAAAUGAGCGCAGCAAUCAAGAUGCUGAAAGAGUUCGCCUCAGAGAAUGACCACAGAGACUUUGCAGGGGAGCUGGAGGUGCUGUGUAAACUAGGCCAGCAUCCCAAUAUCAUCAACCUGAUAGGAGCCUGUGAGAACAGAGGCUACCUGUACAUAGCCAUCGAAUACGCUCCCUUCGGUAACCUGCUCGACUUCCUGAGGAAGAGCCGAGUGUUAGAGACCGAUCCCGCCUUUGCAAAGGAGCACGGCACGGCCUCCACGCUCACCUCCCAGCAGCUCCUGCAGUUCGCUGUUGACGUGGCAACAGGGAUGCACUACCUGAGUGACAAACAGUUCAUCCACAGGGAUCUGGCAGCCAGGAAUGUGCUCGUAGGGGACAACCUAGUCGCAAAGAUAGCAGACUUCGGCCUCUCCCGUGGUGAGGAGGUUUACGUCAAGAAGACGAUGGGGAGACUUCCUGUCCGCUGGAUGGCCAUUGAGUCUCUGAACUACAGCGUGUAUACGACCAAGAGUGACGUGUGGUCUUUUGGUGUUCUGCUUUGGGAAAUUGUAAGCUUAGGUGGCACACCAUACUGCGGGAUGACGUGCGCUGAGCUUUAUGAAAAACUGCCUCAAGGCUUCAGGAUGGAGAAACCUAAAAACUGUGAUGAUGAGGUCUAUGAGCUGAUGAAGCAGUGCUGGAGGGAUCGGCCCUACGAGAGACCCCCGUUCUCUCAAAUCUCCGUGCAGCUCAACAGGAUGCAGGAGGCCAGGAAGGCUUAUGUGAACAUGGCUCUCUUUGAGAACUUCACCUACGCCGGGAUAGACGCCACCGCCGAGGAGGCCUGACUACCAGCCCCCCCAGACCCUCGCAUGCCACGUAGCCCCAAGAGGAGGCCCAGAGGAUGGUCGCCACGUUACUGCCGCCACCCCGCCGCUCAGCGUCAAGACAGGAGGACCCGACGUUCCACCAGAGUCACCCAGUUAUAAAUGGAGGACUGUGAAAGGACACUGUGUGGAUUUGAUUCGAGACGAGGAGUACGGCUGGGCCCUCUUUUGGGAAAUCACUGUACAAAUCAGUCGCAGUAAAAAAAAAAAAAAAAAGGACAUGACAUUGUACCUUCUGCAGUUGCAAAAGCUACAACGCUCAAACCCUUUUUUUGUCCGAGUGUUGAGGGUAAGCGGCAAAUAAGGAGCUACGUGACUUGCUGAACCACCACAGGGUCUGUGGGGUAUCAAAGCUGGACUUUAUUUUCUCUCCAUUGCUCUGAAUGGAGAAAGAAAUCUUUUCAUGAAGGACACAUUUUAAAGGACACAGCGUGGAUCACAAACAAGUUCUCAGAAACAAUGUAGCACUUACGACCAAAGUUUUUCAUGCUACCUGUGUCUUUGACUGUUAGCCUAUCACUGCCAAGCAAAUGUAGCUACUACUGUAUGUUUCUAUAAAAAGAUGUAUAAAAACCUCCUAAUUGAUUGUAAAUGCAGACUGAUAUGAAACUAACCAUUGUAGAUACUCGAUGUCUUUUCCUGUACAGCUCCAUCACUGGAGUAGCUUUUUGAAUGUGCUGUGAUUACAGGGCAGGUGCACAACCAGUCUACUUGUUAUCGACAUUAUAGUUGACAUAUAACACUAUGCAGCCUGAUGCAAUGUAUGGUAAAAUAUCCAACAUAUGAGAAUGUGUUUUGUAUCAGCUGGCUCCUUGAAUGAAGGUUUUAUGCCCUAACUAGACUCGUCACCACAACAAGCAGCUGUUCCAUUUGCGUUUUCAGUGGCAUGAAUGAAGUUCCAAAACAUUUCCCCAACCACAACCAAUGAUUUGUAUUUUUUAAAAUUUGAUAUACUUUAUUAAUCCCUGAGGGAAAUUCUGGUUUUACACUCUGUUAUUUAGAGACAUGCUUCUCACACACAUGCACAAACAGGAUCUGUGGACAUGCAUUAGUGGAGAGGUGUCAGAGUGGGGCUGCGACACACUGCGACGCAGGGGGGGGCGCACCAGAGCGGUUAGGGGUUCGGUGCCUUGCUCAAGUGCACCUCGGCAGUACUCGAGAAGUGCCCUGACACCUCUCCAGUUACCAGACCAACUUCCAUAUUAUGGUUCGCAUCGGUAACAACCUGAGUGAGCUACUGCCGCCUCCCAUGUUUACAAGUUAGACAGUGUGCGGGAUUUUAUCUUCAAAGCGAAACGUGUCAGCAUAAUAUUUUGGCACCUCUUGCAAAGUGUUCUGACCACAGACUGAUAUCAUCUCUGCCAACACGUUGAUGUUACCAACAGGUGCUCAGUGGAUUCUGACUUUGCAGACAAGUUCAGAGGAUUAUAAGCCGCCCUUGCCAAGCCCUUGAUGAGAUUCCCCAUUUAUCUUUACAGACUAUAGAUGAGGACUGCAUGGUGAGGAGGUUCCUGGUUCUAAAUUCCUGUCGGGCAGAAGCCUCUCUGCGUGGAGUCUGCAUGUUCCCCCCCCCCCCCCGUGCAUGAGUGGGUUCUCUCCGGGUACUCCGGCUUUCUCCCACAGUCCAAAAACAAGAUCAUUAGGUUAAUUGGUAACUCUAAAAUACCUGUAAGUUUCAUUGUUAGUGUGGAUUGUUGUCUAUAUGUAACCCUGUCAUUGACUGGAGAACAGUCCAGGGUGUACCCCGCUUAUCGCUCAAUGACUGGGAGCUGGGCUCGGCUCCAGCCCCCCCCCCCCCCCACGACCAAAAAGCGGUAAAGAUAAUGGAUGGAUGAAUGGACUAAAGAUAACAGUUUGAUAUCUACAGUCAAUUUAGAUCAUUUUUCCCCCAAACAUGUGUUCAACCUUUGAAUGCUUUGGAGCACGUUGGUGGUUCUGACAGUUUUUAAUGUUAGUUUGCAGCAACUUCUCAAGGAGCCUGUGCAGUCAUUAGUUCUAUUGGAAACAAAUAAGACCAGUUUAAGGUUAGUCGCUUUGAAGACUUUUUUUAACCUUAAAGUUGCAAGAAGUGCAAAUGAGUGGACACCCCCCCAAUGCAAUGUAUAGUAUUAUACCCACUGUAUAAGAAUGUAAAGUGUGCCUUUUUAUUAACUAGUGCCUUGAAUAAAAAUGUUGUGGACUAACUGGAAUCAUCAACACAACUA